AUGUCUCAAUCAAACUGCUUUAUUUUUAGUGGUUUCAUCCCGCAAUUGACGAAAUCUUUCGCGGAGGCAACAGCUGGAUCCUCCGAGAUCACAACGACAUCGGGGUCGAGCACCGCAGUGCAGUCCAGCGUGAUUCCUCAGAACAGCUUCAUCAUUUCCAGUGGUCCUGCAGAUAGCUCUAACAACCAGAACUACAUCCUCAUCUCACCGAUAGGUACGGCUGCAGCCGCUGUGUCCUCUUCUAUCGCUGCACCGCUGGUUAGUUCACCCACUACUGCAGUGGUCCUUCCGAACACCACGGCUGCGGCCGCUGCUGCCGCCGCCUCCCGCAACCUUCUCCUUCUCAAUGACACUGUCACGACGAAGACAAAUGUAACCGCAGGAGGGGAGGUGAAAGACGUCGCUGAGCAGCAACAGCAGCAGCAUCACCACCACCAAGACGCUGUUUCAUCUUCUACCAGCGGUGUGCAAGAAUCCUCAUCACUCCUUGACAGCGACACCAAUCGUCCCACCCGGCCUUCUUCUUCGGACUCGUCUCUGUUCGGUGGAACGCAGCCAAUGGGCCGAAGGCGCUGCUCGGGCCUUUUUUCUCGUCCCGUGACUGUAGGGGAGUCGCUGACCACACAGCUCAACCGACUAGAGCAGAAACGGGCGAGGAACCGCGACGCUGCUCGUCGGUGUCGGGAGCGGAAGAUUCACCUGAUUAAAACACUGGAGAAGAAGGUGUCACAGCUCUCCGAGACUAACAGACAGCUGGAACGGGAGCUGGAGCAGACGCAGGGUGAGGUGAAGGGCCUGCGACAGUUGGUGGAGCAGCACAUCAAGCCCGGAAUGGGAGGUGGAUGCAGCCUGCCCCUGAAGGGAUGA